CUGAAUCUGACAUCAUACGAAUCUACCAUGGGCGACUGCUGCGAUACUACCACCCCCCCUGUCAUUGUUCCCCUGAUCAUCGACGGGGAGGAGGAGAGUGGCGCGUCUACGUUCGACGUGAAGAGUCCCUACACCGGCAAGACCUGCUGGAAGGCAGCAGCAGCUUCGCGACAGGACGCAAUCCGAGCCGUGGAGUCGGCAAACGAUGCCUUUCCCGCGUGGUCUGAGACCAAGCCUACCGUCCGACGCGACAUCCUGCUCAAGGCAGCCGAUAUCCUGGAGAGUCGCUUGGAGGAGUGCGCGGGUUACAUGCGCACAGAGAUGGGGGCCGACGUUGGUGCCUCACAAUACUUUGUUGUGCCUCUUGCCAUUCGCAUGCUGAGGGACAUCGCGGGCCGUAUCACCUCGAUCUGCGGCAGCGUGCCGGUGGUCGAGCAAGAGGGACAGAGUGCGAUCGUGCUCAAGGAGCCAAUGGGUGUGAUCCUGGGUGUUGUGCCGUGGAAUGCCCCCUACGUCUUUGGAAUUCGUGCGGCCGCGUGCGCCCUUGCAGGUGGGAAUACAACUGUCAUCAAGGCUUCGGAGAUAACCCCGCGAUGCUACUGGGCCAUCGGGCGCGCGUUCCUCGAUGCUGGCCUCCCCAAGGGAUGCUUCAAUGUGAUUUCCACCCCUGCCGAGGAUGCCCCGGAACUGGUCAAUGCUAUGAUCGAGCACCCCGCGGUCCGAAAGAUCAAUUUCACUGGAAGCACGGCUACCGGCAGGAAGAUUGCCACCUCGUGCGGAAGGAACCUUAAGCCAUGCUUGAUGGAGCUUGGAGGGAAGAACAGCGCGAUCAUUUGUGCGGAUGCCGACCUGGAUAUCGCCGUCAAGGAUGUCCUUGCGGGGGCUUUGCUGAAUUCGGGCCAGAUCUGCAUGUCGACCGAUCGUGUACUGGUUCACAGUGCUAUUGCGCCGAUAUUCAUGCAGCAGGUAAGGCUAGCUCUCAGUCAGAUGGACACUCAAUGCACGCCUACACUCGUCCAUGCAGCAUCUGUGGCUCGCGUGGAAAGCCUGGUCUCUGGCGCAAUCCACAGCGGGGCACGACUGGUCCAUGACAAAAAGGAGGAGAAGAAUGUAUCUGACGAGGGGAUUCGCAUGCGCCCCGUUGUCUUGGAAGGUGUCACGGAGGACAUGGGGGUGUGGAACGAGGAAGCGUUUGCCCCCUUGGCUGCAUGCAGGAUAGUCAGCAGCGACGAGGAAGCCGUGCGGCUUGCCAAUAGCACCGGAUACGGUCUCUCUGCUGCUAUCUUCACGCAGGACCUCCGCAAGGGACUCGCAAUGGCCAAAAAGCUGCAGAGCGGUGCGGUGCACAUCAACAGCAUGACUAUCCACGAUGAACCAGUGCUGCCACAUGGGGGAGUCAAGAACAGCGGGUGGGGACGGUUCAAUGCAGCGGAGGGCCUGAACGAGUUUCUCGUGACCAAGAAUGUGACGUGGAUGGACUGAGUUCCAAUCGGGAGUUCAGGAAUCAUGCACGAGUCCUUUUUUGUGUUGGAAAGGCCUCAUGGCAGGGAUUGGCCAUUCGAGGGUCUCGAACCCAAAAGAAGGGGUUUACGCACUUUUAGCCUAGCAAUCAUGCCCUAGUGUUGGCGCCAAUGUUGUCACUACCGGACGAUCGCACGCUACAGUCGGCUAAUUGUAAUCCUGGAUUGUGGCUAGACUGUAAUCACAUAGCCUCCC